AUGUCAAACGAAUACUCCUCAUCUAGCGAUGAAGAGAGUUUCCGUGACUCGCAACACCGAUUCCGCAUCCAGCUACCCCAACAUUAUCUAGAUUUGAACAAGGCCCGUAAACAUAAAAGAGACAAUAUCAAAUUGAACAAGGCUACUUCAAAUUUUGCAAAAGUUACAAAGUUGAACCCAAAAAAGAAUGCUAGAUUUGCAGACUCUUACACACCUAAGGAUCUAAGGUUUUCAAUGGGGUCGUCAAGAGCUUCAGAUACCGAGGAUGAUUCAGAUGACACAGAUGAAUUUACACCGGGAAAACAACUGAUGGGGGUAGAAAUCUUGCCCCAUUUCACAUUUGAUCAAGAAAACAUUAAAAAAAACCAACAGAGCAUGCAAGACAGUAGUGAUGAGAGUGAUGAAAUCAGCAAUGAGGAUGAUGGUGAUGAUAAUGAUAAUGAUAACCGAAAAAACACAGAUUUCCAAACGCACACGCAUCCCAACCGGCUUCCUCCUCCUCCUGAACAAGUGUAUCAGACUGAUUCCUCUGACGAUGAAUCAGCCAAGAAUGAACAGUAUGAUGAUGAUGAUGAUCAUCAUCAUCAUCAUCAUGGUCAACAUCAUCAUAACCCUCAGCCUCGCUUUUCUUCUUCUCCUUCGCUGGAGAGGAAUACUUUUCCACGACGAAAAUCAAAAGAAUCGUCUAGCAGCUUACAUGAUGAGACUUUUCCCUCACUCAAUUCUCGUAAAUCAAAUGAAACCAGUGAAAGCAAGAAAAAUGAUAAGGAACUGUCCUCUGGGGGCAUUAAAGGUAUACUUCGGAAAAUGUCACUUGUUGAUAGAUUCCCUUCAGAUGAUAUUCAUCAAGAUAUUGGUCACAGUGAUACAUUUCUUGGUAGGGUCUUCAAUAUUGGUCAUGGUGGAAUCAGCGGUGGAGGUUUGACGCCAGGAGCUUCGCGAGCUUCUGAUGCGUCGUUGGAAGCUAUAGAUGAGGAGAAAAAAGUUGGUUUUGCUGAGAGUGAAAACGAUAGAGAUGCAAUUGAAAUGAAACCAAUUGCAAAUUUCGAGGAUUUGAGCGAGGAAGCUAAGCAAUUGAUUCGUCAGCAUUUACCUGGUCACGUAUUGGAUACAGUUAGUACUAAUUCUGGCACUACUUCUACUACUACUACUACCAAUAAUAACAAUAAUAAUAACAAUAACGGAACAAAUAUCACACCUAGUGGCAGCUCCUUUGAAAAGUUGUUGGAUGAUGAGAAAGGAAACAAGAAAAGUACCCUGGAUGAUAAUGGCAAUAGCGAUAAUGACAACGAUGACGAUGACGAGAAAAAGCGCAAAUCCAAAGAACGUAAAAAAAGACAGAAUUUAUUUUAUGCACCAAACCCCGAUAUAUAUUUGCGUGGAGAAAAAAAUGAAGGGAUCUACAAUGAUGAGGAAGGUAAUUACUGGAAGGAUCUUGAGGGAGAAUACGUGGCAAGACCUAAGCAAGUUCAAGCAGGUGUUUUAUCUUCAUUGUUAAAGUUGUAUCAAAAUCCUCAGGAAACCAAAUCAGCUAGUUCGUUGACCACAUCAGAUAGUCACACUUUGCAUUCGGACGAAAAUAGCUAUGAAGAGGAUAAUAAAAGAGCAACACUGCAUUUGGACAUUACCAAGUUGAAACUGGGUAUCAAGUCAGGACUCAAAUUUGGAAAGAAAAGCAUAGAAGCAGGAGUGAACAGUGGAGUUGUGGACGCUCCCAACGUUUCAAAGAAAAUAUUCCACAAAGCAGCAUCCAAGUUAAAGAGUAAUGAAUAUGCAAAUAAAGGUAUCGAUAAGCCACUACCUAAAGUGGAUGACAGUGAUAUUGACGAUGACGAUAAUCUGGAUGCUCGCGAUUCAACAAAACCAGAUAUACAUAGUCAUUUGCCCUCUUUCCAAAAUGCUAAACCCAAGAUGCCUAAAAAGAUGGAAAAUGCAGGUGGGAAAAUGAAAAAGAAAUUAAGAAAUAAGCAACGUGCCGAAAGAUUAAGAAUAACUGUGCACAUUGCAGAUAUUCUACAAAGCCAACGAUUCAUAAUGAAUAUGUGUCGUGCUUUGAUGUUAUUUGGUGCUCCAACGCAUCGUUUGGAGGAGUACUUGAUAAUGACAAGCCGAGUAUUGGAAAUUGAUGGACAGUUUAUGUAUUUUCCUGGUUGUAUGUUGGUUUCAUUUGGUGAUGCAGCAACACGUACAUCGGAAGUGCAUUUGGUGAGAUGUGCGCAAGGUUUGAAUUUGGGUAAAUUGACAGAUAUGCAUAGAAUUUACAAAGCAGUGAUUCACGAUUUGAUUGGUGUUGAAGAAGCUUCUAAAAAAUUGGAUGACUUGCUAAAAUCGCCAAACAGGUAUUCACCUUGGAUGUGUGUUUUAUUCUAUGGGUUGGGAUCACUUGCAGUGACUCCCUUUGCCUUUCAAGGUGGAUGGAUAGAUUUGCCUAUAUCAUUUGGUCUUGGAUUAUGUGUUGGAUAUUUGCAAUUUUUCCUUAGUUCAAAAUCCAAUUUGUACUCCAAUGUUUUUGAAGUUUCUGCUGCAAUUGUUGUUGCAUUUGUAUCCAGAGGUAUUGGAUCUAUCAGAUCGGGUAAUUUGUUUUGUUUUAGUGCCAUUACGCAGGGCGCCCUAGCAUUAAUCUUACCUGGAUAUAUUAUUUUAUGUGGUUCAUUGGAAUUACAGUCGAGAAACUUGGUUGCUGGAUCAGUUCGUAUGUUUUAUGCAAUCAUAUACUCGUUGUUUCUCGGGUUUGGUAUAACAUUAGGAGCCGCACUAUACGGGUGGGUCGACCAUAAUGCAACGUCACAAAACUCUUGUCUACCAGGCCACACAGUAAAUGAUAAGUUUAGAAUUAUUUUUGUUCCGUUAUUUGCAGUUAUGCUUGCAUUAAUAAACCAAGCAAAGUGGAGACAAUUACCAGUAAUGAUAGUUAUUACCGCGGCAAGUUAUGUGGCAACUUAUUUUGCUGGAAAACAUUUUUCAACCGUUACUGAAUUCACCUCGUGUAUUGGUGCUUUCAUUAUUGGAGUUUUGGGGAAUUUAUACUCAAGAGUAUGGAAAGGUAUGGCCGUUUCAGCAAUGUUACCGGCUAUAUUUGUGCAAGUUCCUUCUGGUAUUGCAUCAAAGGGUUCGUUAAUAUCGGGUCUACAACAAGCGGACAAAAUAAAUAACAGGAAUGGAACCACAACCGAAGUUGAAAAUAAUACGAGUUCAUUGAGUUUUGGUGCUACGAUGGUUGAAGUGUCAAUUGGUAUUAGUGUUGGAUUAUUUGCUGCAGCGCUAGUUGUAUAUCCAUUUGGUAAAAAAAGAACCGGUUUAUCCUCGUCUUCUACUCCCGAUUCAGAUCAGCUACGGAUCUACUCGCUUCUAGCGUAUAAUACAACCUUGUCGUCUGACGAAGAAUGGAACACGGUUGAUUUCCAAGGGACAAAAUGCAUAAUUUCGAGAUUGGUAUUGAAUAAUCAUGUUGAUGAAACAUCUCCCAGUGACAAACAAGGGAUCAAUAUUACUGGGGAGUCUGAAGGUAGUAAUGUGGAAUCCUUGAUUAAAACAGGAAAAGAGGAAGAUGAAGUAGUAAGCGAGCCUAUUGUAUUUUAUGUUGUCCUAUUUUAUGAUACGGGGGGGGAAUCGGAAAAUAAGCAAGACGAAGACGAAAAUGGCGAUAGUAAUCACGAGGUAAAAGAGGGUAAGGAUAAGUAUCUUGCAGAUGCAAUAGCUAAAGUUAAAGUUGAUUGUAUAGUGGAUGCUUUAAGAGAAGGAUUAAAUGGAUAUGGUGAGAAACACUAA